AUGAAAGGUGUAAUUUUAAUACUAGCAUUGACCCUUGUGGAAAGUGUCUUAACUCCUGAUAAAAUUUUAUUGUAUGAUUAUGAAUUUGAAGUUCAGAACAGAAUGUCUGAAAAUGGCUUUUCAAGUGCUGGACUAAAAGUUAAGUGUAAAGCAGAAAUUGGAAAUGUUGUUCAAGACCAGAAGUUUCUAAAGGUUGAUUGUUUUGAAGGACUGGAUUACAAUGGCAUUUACCCCUGGAGCAAUUUUGUUUCAUCACCCAAAUUAACUGCAGUGUUUCAGGAACACUUGAAGAAUUUAAUUCUUACAUUUCAAUACAGAAAUGGGCAUGUCGAUGACAUAAUGGUUCCAGAAAAUGUCUCAGAAUUUGCUCUAAACGUCUGCAAAGGAAUUUUGAAUUUAUAUGAAAAUACCAUCAAGAAUGACCAGAAAACUUAUAAUUUAAAAGAGAAUGGCAUUGAAGGUAGAUGUGACACAACAUACCUCCUUCAAAACACCGAGAAACCAGAUGAAUUCUUGGUGACCAAAUCCAAGGAUUUAACUAAUUGUGAUAACGAGGCUAAACAGAUUGUUGGUGCUGCACAUGUGACUCCAUGUGAGUUCUGUAGACAGAAAAAUAGGAAUUUUCAAGGCACACGUAUAUACAACUACAGAAUGAAGGAUUUGAAGGAAAGGAAUGAAAAAAUAAUCCUACACGCCACUGCUCAAGAAAUUCAGCAAUUCACACCAUUCAGAGAAGAAACUGGUGAAACUAUCAUAAUGGAGGCCAGGCAGAAACUGGAAUUCAUUGAAGCCCAUAGCCGCUUGCCACAAAUACCUUCUCAUUUGCAGAAACAUGGCUCACUUUUAUAUAGUUUUAAAGAUAAUCCAAUACUUCCUGUUCCAUUAUCAAAAAUCAAGAACAGAAACAAGGAGAUUGAGGAUGGAUUGCAUUACCUGGCAAAUGACAAUGUUCCAAAAGAUGGUAAAAGAUUUUUGCAACUGGUCAACCUUUUGCGCACAGAAAAAGAAAUUAAUUAUUCUGAAGUCUUUGACCCCUUUUAUAGCCAGCCAAAGUAUAGAGCCAUUGUUUUGGAUUUGAUCUCUGCUGCGGGGACUUCAAUGGGACUAAGAUAUGUGAGGCACAAAAUAGUUCAACAAGAGAUCACCACAACUGAAGCAGCCCAGAUAUUGCUUGUCUUCUUCCAUUACUCCAAUGCAUUUGAAGAAGUAGUUGAAGAAGCUAUGGCCAUAAUGAUAGACGUUCUUAAAGGUUCACGGAGUCUCUAUCGUACUACCAUCUGUCUGGCCUAUGGAUCAUUACUUUCAAGAUUCUAUGCCAUCUCAGAGACAAUCCCUGACAAAUAUCUCAAGCCUCUGACUGAUUUUGCAACUAAAGCCAUAAGAUCAUCUGACAUAGAUGCAAGUGUCUUGGCUUUGAAAACCUUUGGCAACGUGAGACACAUAAUUGUCUUGAAGCCCAUUAUGAAGUAUCUGCAAACUGCUGAUCCCUCUGAUAUUAGAAUUCAACAGAAUGCUAUCAUGGCUCUAAGAAAUCCUGCCAAAAAAGACCCUAUGCGGGUACAAGGAAUUUUACUUCCAAUAAUCAAGAAUUACAAAAUUGAUCCUCUAGUCCGAACAUGUGCUGCCUUUGUCCUUCUGGAAUCAAAGCCUACUUUCCCUAUUCUGAUGACCUUAGUUAAUGCAAUGUUACAUGAACCUAGUAUACAGGUUGAAAACUUUGUCUUCAUGUACCUCAGCACAAUAGCCGGAAGCCGAUCUCCUGAAUUCCAAGUGAUGGCUUCUGCUUACAGGACGGCUCUCAAAGUACUAACUGAAAAAAGUCAAAAAUGGGCAGGUUAUUCAGUCAGCAGAUAUUCCCUCAUGGAAUACUUUGAUGAAUUUUAUAAGGGUCGUUUGGGAAUGAAUUCAAUGUUUCUUCAUGAAGAAAUGAAUACACAGCCAACAUUUACAAUGAAAAAUUUCAAGGCAAUCUUCAUGGGCAGCAUAUUUUCUCCUUUGGAGAUAGGAGUUCAAAUACAAAGAAUAAAAGAACAAGAUAACAAAGGUCACGAUUCACAGCAACUUCAGAAAACGCCUUCUGGCCAGAAAAUCACAACAGGUGGGUCUAUUGCUCUAGAAGUAUAUGCCAAAAUAUUUGACCAGGAGAUCGUAACUGAGUACAUAAAGAUGGAUAGAAUUCGACAAAUAUUACAGGCAAAUCGUGAAAAAGGACAUCUUCUUUGGAUGAAAUAUCUUAUAGAUGUCCUUAAAAAUCUUCCAAAUAUUCACUGGCAGAAAUAUUUCAUGUCUGCAGAAAUCCAGCGUAUUGUGCCAACGUGUACUGGGCUACCUUGGCAAAUAGGUUUGGUCCAUAUUGCUCACACAGAAGUUGCUGGAAAUGUUCAGUUACUGAUGACCCCAGAACCAACAUCCCAAAUCACUUGGCCUGACAUAAUUAACAGUGAUAUCAAACUGAAAACCAGACUGAGACUUCAGAUAAAGAAGGACAUGAUCUUAAACAUGGGAAUUAUUACACCCGAAAUUCAUGCCCUUCUGGAAAAAAAGGCCACAUUCACAGCAAACAUCCCCAUAAAUAUGGAUGUUGCUAUGAAUAUUAAAGAAAAGACCUUCGAACUUGAACUUCCACCAUGCAAGGAGGAAACAGACAUAAUUUCUCUAAGAUUAAAAACAUCUGCUAUCACAAGCAAUAUUGAAGAGGCACCUGCUGUUGUAUCUACCCCCGUUUUCCUCCCUGCAAAUCUGUCUAGAACAAUAGUAAAAUCCUUUGAUAGGUCAUCAGAAAAAGGGGAUAAAAGAAAGGACACACUUCCAUCAGAAAAGAAAUCAGCUAAAAAUCCCAAUGCACAGCUGGAAAAGUAUUUAGAAUCAAUUCACCAAACCAAAUGCUUUGAAGCCUGUACUUUUGGUUGUAAGUCUUGCUUCCACUGGGCAGAUAUGCAUGCUGGAUGUAUUGUACGAAGAUCUAUAUACAAUUUCAUUGGAGAAUAUGUUUUCAAAAUUUCCCUCAAGGAAUCUGAUCCAAAUGUCCCAAUUGAGAAGCUACGAUUCACCAUUCGGGGAGGUGCUCGUGUUGCCGAACAGAUGGUGCAUUUGUUAAGAAAUGAAGAAAAGGAUCUAUUAAUUAAAAGAUUGAAAAAGAUCCUUCCAGAUAGCUCUGGUGAGAGCAUUGAAAGUUCAUCAAGCAGUGAUUUUCAGGAGAGUGGUUUAAAGAAACUUAUAGGUCUAAAACAAGUUCCUACCAGCCAGCAGCAAGAUAAUGAACAACAGGAACAGGAUCAGAAAAGGCCUCAGUUCCAACAAAAUCAUCAUCUGGAAAAAAAGCAACAACUUAAUGAUACUAGAAGCAGCAGCAGCAGUGAUACCAGCAGCAGUAGUGAUACCACCACCAGCAGCAGCAGCAGCAGUGAUACCAGCAGCAGCAGCAGCAGCAGCAGUGAUACCAGCAGCGAUAACAGUGACAGCACCCAAAAUAAUAAGCAUGUUAAUGGAAGACAGCAAAAGGAGAAGAGUCAUCCAAGCAGGGAGAAAGAUGGGGCGGAAAAGAAACGCACCAAGAGGCCAGCUGAAGACUAUGAUGAGCAGGAACUUGGAGGCCAAGAACUGGCAAAUCUUCACUUCAGGGAAAGCCAGAUCGAUCAGUCAGGCAAUCCACUGCCUUAUUCUGAAGCAAGCAGCAGAAAUGACUCCAGCUGGCAAGAGGAGGCAAAAACCCCUGGAGGUGUGCUUCUGCCAUAUGUCACUGUUGUGCUUGAAGCAGUUAGGAGUGACAACAAAAAUCAGGGCUACAGUGUUUCCCUGUAUGAAAAGCAUGACUACCGCAAAACCUAUUUUAAAAUUGUUGCAAAUAACCUCAACCAAACUAAAUGGAGAGCUUGUCUUGACAGCCUUAUACAACCUAUUGGAUUCCAGUAUUCUUUGAGCUGGGGACAUGAAUGCAAGGAUUACAAAAUAGAAGUCAAGUUGUCCGAGGGCCAAGUUGCAAUUUAUAAAGCUAUCCAACUGAAAAUGAAAUGGACCAAGCUUUCUUUUUUCCGACACGAACAUUAUAUUGGGUUUAUGUAUUUACUUCCUGCAGUUGCAUAUCAUUUGGGCUUUUCCACACUUUAUCAGAAGAAUCCUGAGCGUGAGAUUAUAUUCAGAGUUGUUGAAAAAACUCCAGAAAUUUAUGUUGCUAUCAUUAAAAUUCCCAAUAGAACCUUUUACAAUGAUGAUUUUGAUCCUGAAUUUCUUUCCCCUGGCAUCCCAAGUUCAUAUUAUCAGAAUCCAAAAUUAAGCAGAUUUAAUGUAGCUUUAUGGCUGUCCAGACAAGUUGAAGCUGUAUGUGAGGUGCAAGAUGAAAUAAUUAAGACCUUCGACAACAAGAUAUUCAACACGACUAUUGCCAAGAGAGAAGGCAACCUUCUGAUAGUUAAGGAUUGCACCACAUCUGACAGUUAUAAACCACACUUCCAAAUAUGGAUCCAAUAUCCCACACCUGGUUUCCCAAAAGAAAUUCACAUAGCCAUUAACGUAACAGAAAUCACAAUCCAAGAUACCCCAGGGAUGCUGACUGUGUUACAUAAAGAAGCACCAAUACCAACAAACAAAGAAGCAAACAUUGAAAUUUUGAAAACAAGCAACAACGUUAAUGUCAAGGCUCCCGAAUAUGGCCUGGAAAGUGUGACAUAUGAUGGUAUGACACUGAGAAUAAAAACUUCUCCAAAGAUACAAGGCAAUACCUGUGGACUUUGUGGCGACUACAAUGGAGAAAUAAAACGUGAAACCCUGAUCCCAAACAAGCUGGCACUGAGCAAUACUGAUUUUUUUAAUUCAGCAGAAUUUAGAAAAUAUACAGCUGAAAAUAAAGUAAUACCACCAUUAUUUAUUAGCAAGAAGCCAACUCAAUUAUUAAAACAGAUUGUCAAAACGAUAAGUUUUGAAGCCAGAGGAGUUGCAUCUUGGGAUGCUGAAAAAAACUUGGUGAUUGGCUGGCCAAAAGCUGAUGCAUUCAUGUUGGGAAAUCUUAGAGAACUGAUGAGGCAAAUACUGUCUUCAAGAAGUGGAGAAAGGAUAUUGGAUCUCCUUAUCUCAAACUCCAUGAGACUAUGA